AUGGACGCAGGUUUGGUGAAAGAAAUCUGCCUCCGCUCCACUCCUUGGCCCAUUACUUUACUACAGGAGCAACAUCCGGAGUCCUCUCACGGCAUGCGCGAGCAGCGUGAGCUGCGCGUCCUGAAACUCACCGGUCAUCAGAGCGUUCCGAGCAGCGUCUCGGGGACGCGGGUGCACAGAAAUCUGGGAGCUGAGCAGCAAAAAUAUCGAGAUUUCAGUGCCGCGGCCGCCCGUCAUCGUAGAGCCCCCGGAGGUCUUGAACACCUCAGUGCCGUGGCGAAAGGUGUGCCACGGUCGGUCAAGACACUGGUGGCCUACGCCGCGUUGAUUAUGUGGUUGCCUUUGUUGGUACCCUUGUUGGUUUGGGCCUUGAUGGGCGAUCUCAUCCUGAGCCUUCACGGAGAGGAGGCCACGAAGAAGCUGGCGGAAGGCCUUCUGCCUGCGGCUCUAAUCUCGGGCGGCGUUUGGGGCGAUGCCGAGAAGCUCCUGCAAAAUUCGCCCUGGCCCUUGCGCUGCAGCUUCUCUCUUCACUUGGUGGCCUUCGUCAUCUUCUUGCGCUCCCUCUGCGGAGCAGGCCGUCGCCAGCGCUGGCGCGAUGAAGCCAAGGACGUAAGCCGCUAUCGCAAUGCCCUAUGCUAUGCACGGCUAAAGGGCAGUCGGGUGGAACCUGAGGCGCCCCUGAGGGCUGCGGAGCCGCAAGCCGCGCAGGCCUCUUUGCCGGCACAGGUGGCGCAAAGGCCCGGCGGCGCUGCCGGCCUCAGGUGCGUCAGCCAGCUGCGCAGCUGGUUGGAGUCGCAGGGCGCCCGCCUUGGGUCGCUGCGCAUCGCGGCGGCCCAGGACGGUCCCACGGCGGCCGAGGAGCGUGGCGUCUACGCCACAGAGAAGAUCAAGGUGGACGAGGUCAUUGCCGAGGUUCCACAGAGCUGUGUUCUCAGCGCAGAGCGCGCACGCGAGAGUCCUGUGGGGAAAGCCUUCCUGAAGAUCUUCCCAGAGGACAAAGCUCGCGACAAAUGGGUUUUCCUACUGGACCUGUUGGCGGCGCGUGUGGAUGCAACACACCCCGCGCACGUGUACCUUGCCGCCUUGCCACGUGAGUCUCCAACUCCUAUGUCGUGGCCUGCGAACUUGCGCGCGAUGCUUGCGGGGACCAAUUUGGGUGCAGCGGUGGACGAAGAACGAGAACAGCUGGAGAGCCAAUUCGCUGCCAUGAUGCCAAAGUUGCAGGCAGCACAUCCUGAGCUGUUCAGUGAAGACUUCACAUUGGAAAACUUCCUCUGGGCGCAUGGCAUGUGGUUUUCUCGCCGAUAUCCUACAGCGAUGGCGUCCUUUGACAAAGACAAGGACUACAGUUGGCAGCGCAGAGCUGAAGAAGAUCUGGAGGAGGAAUCGGAUGGCGAAGGGGCGCUGGUGCCGUUCAUGGACUUUACGAACCACCGCAGCGGCACCAAGAUCGUCUGGCGCGCCAGCGCGGAGAAGAUCACUUUCGUCUCCAGCGAAGGCGUGGAAGGCGGCGCGGAGGUCUUCAACAACUACGGCGAUAAGAGCAAUGAGGAUCUGAUGUUGAUCCAUGGUUUCGCCCUGUUGGACAACAUCCAUGACACCUAUGGUUUGUGGCUGACGGUGCAAGUCAGCGACCAGCCGCCUGGAGGGCCCGGAGGGCGCAAGCGCCGCAGGGCCCUGCGUACCGAGCGCAUUGGUCCCUUCCAUCUGCGGCGCAAAGAUGCCAAGUGGAAACAGUUCCCGGAGGACUUAUGGCAGGCACUGGUUCCUGCGAAUGCUGGCAACGAGCAUUUGAAGGCACUCAGUGGCUUGCUGCGGCAGCUUUUGCAGGAGUUCCAAGAGACCCAGACCCGUGACCGUCACUUCGCCGCGGGCGGCGAUGCAGAGGGCGUGGGCGACAAGUUGGACCCGCGCAUCAGGUAUAUUGCCAGAUAUCGCGAUGGCCAGCGACAGGUCUUGGAAGAGGGCUGUAAAGCUCUGGAGGAGCCACCCUUGCGCUGCUGGCUGCGGGCCGAGCAGGGUGGCCACCAGUGGAUGUUGAUAUCCCAAACUGGGUACUUGUAUGGAUCAAAAUUGAGUACCCAAUAA